AUGAAAAAGCGCAAAGAGCUCAACGCCUUAAUCGGCUUGGCUGGUGACAGUCGGAGAAAGAAGUCCAAGAAAGGCCCAAGCAGCCACCGCCUGCUUCGCACUGAGCCUCCUGACUCAGACUCAGAGUCCAGCUCAGAGGAAGAAGAGGAAUUUGGAGCAAUUGGAAAUCGCUCUCGUUUUGUCAAGGGAGAUUACUUACGAUGCUGCAAGAUCUGUUAUCCCCUCUGUGCUUUUGUCAUCCUCGCUGCCUGUGUUGUGGCCUGUGUUGGCUUGGUGUGGAUGCAAGUGGCUCUCAAGGAGGAUCUGGAUGCCCUCAAGGAAAAAUUUAGAACAAUGGAGUCUAAUCAGAAAAGCUCAUUCCAGGAAAUCCCCAAACUUAACGAGGAACUUCUCAGCCAACAAAAACAACUUGAGAAGAUUGAGUCUGGGGAGCUGGGCUUGAGCAGGGUCUGGAUCAACAUCACAGAGAUGAAUAAGCAGAUUUCUCAGUUGAGUUCUGCAGUGAACCACCUGAAAAGCAAUGUCAAGUCUGCUGCAGACUUACUUAGCCUGCCAAGCACUGUAGAGGGACUUCAGAAGAGUGUAGCCUCCAUUGGCAAUACUUUAAACAGUGUCCAUCUUGCUGUAGAAGCAAUACAGGAAACUGUGGAUGAACACAAGAAAACCUUGGAAUUACUGCAGAGCAAUAUGGAAAGCAAUGGAAGCAACCAGAUCUCAGCUACAUCAGAACUUGACAAUAAAACCCACAGUGAAACUUCAAAACAGGAUAUCCUGUACCUUCACAAUUUCUUAGAGGAGGUCAACAGUACUGUAGUGGGAUACCAGAGACAGAAUGACCUUAAACUCGAAGGAGUGAGUGAGACACUCAGUCACCUGACACAGAGGCUCAGCUUGAUCGAAGGUGAUGUGGUAGCACUGAGCAAGGCAGAGAAGAGGGCGAACCUGACCUCCAGCGCGAUGGGUAAUAGGGCUGCCACUCUGAAAAGAGAGUCUUUGGUGAUCAAAAGAACUGAUACCAUAAAGGCCCAAAGCAUACAGAAAGAAGAUAAUUCAAAUUCUCAGGUAUCUAAGUUGCGAGAGAAACUGCAGCUGAUCAGUGCUCUCACAAACAAACCUGAACGCAACAGGCCUCCGGAGCCCGCAGAGGAAGAGCAAGUACAGAACUUCACAUCAGAUCUGUCAGCAUUGCCAAAAUCUUCACAGCUUCUUGGCGACCAAAUUAAGACUCAACUAAAACCCGUCUCCCUACCGGGGAUUUCUAGCAUCAAAGAUCUUCAGGAUUUAUUCCGCAAGACUGGUCAAGAUGUGGAUGGAACACUGACCUACCAGGAGGUCUGGAAUUCCCUAGGUUCUGCCAUGCCAAGACCAGAGAGCUUGAGAGCAUUUGAUUCCAAUGGAGAUGGAAGAUACUCCUUCCUGGAGCUAAAAGUAGCUUUAGGUAUCUAGUCUCAUCAGGCAUACUUUGAAGUGGAUGUGUACCCUGAACUAAUAUUUACCUUAAAAAACAAAACAAAACAAACCUCUUGACUAACCCAUCAGCCCUUCAGCCCUUCAUAAUACUGUAGCAAACACAUUGCCACCUUUUAACUGGUUUGAAAAUGCUAUGUAAAAAAAUUAUUUUUUUAAAAAAUGACUUAUAUGAUGUUUGGAAAUUUAUGAUUUCCUGAAGCCAGUGAGAUCUUGUAACUUAAAGUUGCCAGGAGAAAAAUAAUAAAGCCCUCUUUUCUCUUUCCUGUUUUUAAAGGGGGGAGAAUUUACCUUUUAAAGCUAGAAAGUGUGUAUAUAGAGAUAAGAAGUCACUGUUUAUAUUUCAUAUGAAUUUGCCUUAAAUUAGCUGCACUUUAUAGAGCUUCAGAAUGUCUUUUCUUUGAAAGAUGAGUCUUUUCUGUUUGUAAAUAUAUAAAAUGAAAGAUUGUGUAUAUUGUGUAGAAAGACAGAUGAAUGGCUUUGAAUAGGAUGAACAAAUGACUUGUUAAGAGUGACUGACAGUUCGUUCUGGCUGGUGGCUGAAACUCUUCACAUCUCCUUAAGGCAACCCUCAAAGACUUUGUGCAACCAUAGGGUUUGUUUGGCCUGGAAGCUGGGGCAUCAGUUCAGGUAUGAAUGCUGUACAGAGGGUACCGGUUCCAAGCUCAGGAAAGUCAUAUUCUGGGUCAUUGCUCCUAUUCCUAACCUAAGAACCAGAGAAGUCCUUAUUUUUAAUUAUCUUUCAAGGUUUGUGAGUAUAAAAGUUAUUCAGUGGGGACUUAUGUUUUCCUCUCAAGAAAAUUAGAUUGUUUUCUCUACCCCAUCCACUUCAGACUCCCUUAAUGUUGUGACUGCUUGCCUUCAGCACCAACUCUAGUCUGGAAUGGGAAGGCUCAUGGCCUUCGUCAUUAUGUCAAACUAGCUGCUCAGAGCAUUAGAGAAAACUCUUGAGUUUUGACUCAGAAAACACCUUGAGAUUUUACUGCUGGGAUAUCUAAGAACUUGGUCUGUUUCUUGGCAGACGCCUAAAACCAAAAUAUGUUCGAAUGAAACAUGAAAUCAUAUUCUUUUCUCACAGUUGUCCACUCAGAGAUGUAGCUGUAGGUUUUCUGUCCAGAGGAUGCCACAGUGAGCAGGCAGGCUUGGAGCAGGAGCCUUCUGAUGAUGGUGGCAGUUUUCCCAGAUCUAAACGGCAAGUGCAGUGCUUCCCCCUCUACAGACCUUGUGAGCAAGUCAUGAAAGGUUCGGCCUAGAAGGGAAUCAGCACAUCACCAACAUGCUGAGAACGCUUUCCGUGCUGUUCUUAGGAGUCUCUGGGCAGCACAAGCAGCAGACCUUACAGAACCUUCUGCUGUGGCCAGUCAGGGAAACCUGGGGAAGCUGUUAUGCUGGCGGCUUCUUAGUACAGAGCUUUCUGCUUAAUUCUAUCCAAGCUAUAGAUGCAGUCUAGGAUCCUUAAACCUUUAAAGACGGUUGGGUUUUUUGGUUUGUUUUGGUUUUGUGUUUUGUUUCCUUUAUAUGGCAGUCAGCUUAGUGUUGGCUUUAUUUUUUUCUGGACAUACUAAAACUCAGUGAAGGCAAGUAAAGUUUUCCUGUGCACAUGUCUUCUUAACUCAUGUUUCUCCCACUUUAAAUUUUUUGCCUUAACGUUUGCCUUGCUCAUCUAUGCUGUCACCUUCUUGGAAAGGUUAAAAAUACAGUUCAGCAUUACCCUGGCACUUUAGGUAACUUGAAGGCAACUCUUGUUCUUCUGGCUCCUUCCGGACUCCCCCCUUUUUUAAUAUAUAUACCCUUACAGAUUUUGUAACAACCAAAUAAAGUUCUAGCAAUAAAUUGAA